AAGUAAGCCAUGUGUAUGUAGAACUGUAUGUAGUUUUGUGUGUGUGAACAAUUUGAAGGGGUUUUAACGUGUUUGAAAAACACUAAUUCAUUUUAAUAAACACAGUAGCAAAACUAUGGCACAUACAAAGAUAACUAAAGUAAGAGAAGAUGAUUUUCUUGAAUGCUUCCUAUAUCCAAAAAUUUGUUAUACACAACCUCCAGAGACAAUAACAGAAGAAAUACUUUCACAAGAAAUUGAAAAAUAUAAUGAAGAAAUUGCACCAUUUAUUGAAGGCUAUAUCUGGCAUAGUGACAGUUUAAUAUUGCGUCCUAGAACAAAGCAAGCAUUAUUAUUAGAAAAGCUGGUAGAUAACUCGUCAACUGUUGAAGAGUGUGAUAUAUUACCCCAUAUUUACAUAUCAUUGCACUUUGACGAAGAUAUAAGCGAUGAAUGGUUUAUCGUAUUUCUUAUAUAUAAACUUACACAGAAGUUUGAUGGACUAAUUGCUAAAGUAAUAGAUUCUGAUGGAGAAUUUUUAUUAAUCGAGACUGCAAAUGUUUUACCUUCAUGGGCUAAUCCAGAAACGUGUGAAAAUCGUGUAUAUAUUUAUAAUGGAGAGUUACAUAUAGUUCGUGAAAAAUAUAAGACGUUUCUUGACUUAUUAACUAAUGUACAACAAAAUUCAUAUCUAUCUAAAGCAUCUGAAAAAAUACAAAAUGCUUUACAAAAACGAAUUAAUAGUUACCCAAAUGAAAUUGAAAAAAGACAUCACAAAACUAGAGUUUUUCUGCCAGAAAAGGCAGUCUCAAUGCUUCAUCAAGAACCAAGGCUUGUUGCACCAGCUAUUAGAACUAUUUGCCAUUCUGAUCCACUUGAAAGAAAAGUCUGUCGUGCUAUGAGAUAUUUUCCUCCUGAACAGCGAAUUAUGGUUAAUGCAAAAAUGACUAAAUGUCUAUAUGCAAUGGCAAUGCAUUGUCGAUACACAGGAGAUCCACGAACAGGCUGGAAUAUACCUCCAACAAACUGUUCAAAGUACAAUGCACAUAUCCUUGGUGUGAAGAUAGCGUGUGGUUUAGAAAUGCUAGUUGCUCAUGCACAUGAACAACGUAGACAUAGAGUAAAAGAAACUGUCAAUGAUUCUGAUAAAUCAAAAAUCAAUGAAUAUGCUCUAAAUGCAUAUUUAGCACGUUUAGAAGCUAGUGGCUACUUUAGAGAUCUAUUAAAAGGCAGUCAAGAGUAUGAGAAGCUUCUAAACACAGCAAAAGAUUAUUAUUUACAACAUUUACAUGCAUUUAAUUCUGUUACAAAUAAUGUUAAAAGUGACGCAGAGAAAGUUUUAGAAGCAUGGGAAAGCAUACAGUCUAAUGAUAUUGAUCUGCAUGUACAAGAUGAAGCUGCAUUAAGUCCUGCGGAUAGCGACAGUUGGUUAAACGUAGAUCCAGCACAAUUAGAAACAUUUUUAAAUGAACAAUGGGGAAAUGUUAAAAACAAAAAUCAGAAGCAAGAACCACUAAGUCUUCGGGAGAAAGUACAAUCAUUUUUCAAUCACACCAGUGAUAUUGAUGGUGUACAAUUUUUAGAAGAUCGUUCUAUGGAAGCUGAUAUAAUGCAUGAUCCAGAAGAUAAUGGAAAAAUUGAAUUUGAUGCAGACAUAUUUGAUUCUACACUGCAAGGUAUAUUAGAUUUAGUUGUUCCAGGAAGUGAAGGAGAGUUUGAAGGAAGUUCGGAAGGAUCCCUAGGUGAAGAUGAUGAAGAUAAAGGUGGGGAAAUGGAUAAGUAUAUGCGCCUGUUAAAUUCAGAAUUAAAAUCUGAAAUGGUUAAAGAUGAAAGAUUUGAGACAAGUACAAGAUCUGAUAGAAUAGAAGAAAACUUAAUGAAAAGUAUUAAAGAAGAAGCAGGUGGUUCAGGACCAACUGGAAACAUUAUUGGCGGUCCUGUUCGUCGGUUUAUGCAUUUACAGUUGCAAUCACCUACGACUGUACCCCCUGAUUUACAAAGUUAAUGAUAUCGAUUAUAAAGUAUAUUAAUAAGUGUUAACACGUCUAAAGUUUCUUUGUUGACCAGUUCAAGAUAAAU